AUGCGUCUUUAACGGUCAAUCCUUUCAAAAACCCGCCGCACUUCGUGCUGCUGCCAUGGAGAACCCAACCAACCACCAUCCUCAGAGUCAACGCUUGCAUGAAUAUAAUACAACUCCACUAGUGCUCCAUUCUCGAGCUGUUUCUGGGUUUCCUUCACGAGGUUCUCGCCUUUCUCCGUCUCUUCAACUUGUUAUCCCACUUGGGAUUUCAGAAGUUUUUUGCAACAGGGAUUCAAGUUCACGUUUUUCCAGCUCUAAAGCUUCAUACUUUCAGCAGUUUCAAGCAAGGCCUCGUCACAUUGUUAAGGUUUCAAAUACCCAUUUGGGAUGUUCCAAAAUUUCAUAUGUAAAUCGAACCCUUGUUUUGAGCUUUAUCUGUGGCUGAUUUUGGAGUCCCAAAUCAUGAUUUCAAGAUAUUGGGGGAUUUUCUCAAAUGGAUUCAGCAAGAAUAUCAAUUUCGUGGGAAUUGGGGCGACGUGAGCUGUUGCCAAGACUCAAGUAGAAAUCUUUUAUGAUUUGUUUUGGGGAACCCGUGGGAGUUUGAGUUCGAUUAAGUUGGAAUCUUGAGGAUUUGGAGACAAAAAGAAGAGAAAAUUGGGUAAGAUUCAAGUUCUAAAUGAUGAGUCGUCCUCGUCCCAGUGUCCCAAAAGGUAGAAUAGGGAAGACAAUGGGCUGCCUUCAGCUUGUGUUGGGAGUGCUUGUUAUAAUUGUAAGCACUUUGAGUCUCUUUAGAUUCUACUCUGCGGGUUUUUUGUCAAACAACGGUGAUAUUUGCCGCCAUUUUUAUGGCAUGAAGGAUGUUAGUGGUUUUGAUAUAAAUGCACUGUCUGCUCGGGUUGGGGAAGUACUUGAUAAGAUGGCUAAUUUGCAAGAAAAGCUUGAAUUAGUUGUGCGACAAAUGGAAAAGAACAAGGAUUUGGCUAAAGCUAACAUUCCUAGAUCAGAGUACAAGAAGUUUCUAGAGGAGGAGGUGAUUCAACCUCUUUACAGUGCUCAUAUUGGUCUUAGACAAAUUCGGCUGCCUAAAGUUGAAGGAAUUAGAAAUUCGACGCUUAAGGAGGAGCCUUUGAUUAAUUCUUUUGUGGUUGAGGAGAUUCGGAAGUAUAUAACUCCAAAAGAGAACAAAAAUGGGAAUGUCAAUAUAUAUGGAAUGGAAAGGGUAUACAACACAAUAGGGCAUUCGUGCGUCUUGUUGAAGAAAGAAUUGGAAGAGUACAUGGACUACGAUAUUGGAUCUUACUGUAAAGAUGACUGGCCCCUUGCCCAGAAGCUUAUGAUUAACGGGUGUGAUCCAGUGCCCAGAAGGCGGUGCUUGACCAGGGCUUCUAAGCUUUACAAAAAGCCUUACCCCAUAAAUGAGUCCCUAUGGAAGCUUCCGGAUGGAGGAAAUGUCCGGUGGGCCAAUUACAAGUGCAGAAAUUUCGAGUGCUUAUCCAGUAAGAACCCAAAGAGGGGGUUUUCCAAGUGCACCGGAUGUUUUGAAAUGGAUAAAGAAAAGCUCAAAUGGGUGGGAAAUGCUACCUUGCCAGUUGAUGUCCUAAUCAAAGAUGUUUUGGCAAUUAAGCCUGGGGAGAUAAGGAUAGGGCUGGAUUUUGGUAUUGGAACGGGGACAUUUGCUGCGCGGAUGAGAGAACAAAAUGUUACAAUCGUCUCAACCGCUUUAAACCUAGGGGCUCCUUUCAGUGAGACGAUUGCGCUUAGAGGCUUGGUUCCUCUGUAUAUGACACUGAAUCAACGUCUCCCGUUUUUUGACAACACAUUGGAUUUGAUUCAUACAACGGGGUUUAUGGAUGGGUGGAUUGACUUGCAAUUGAUGGAUUUUAUCUUAUUUGAUUGGGACCGGGUUUUAAGGCCAGGAGGGUUGUUAUGGGUUGACCGCUUCUUCUGCAGCAGAAAGGAUCUAGAUGAUUACAUGUACAUGUUCCUGCAGUUCAGGUACAAGAAACACAAGUGGGCUCUUUCUCCUAAAUCUAAGGAUGAAGUCUUUCUUUCUGCAGUGUUGGAGAAACCUCCUAGAUCUUUAUGAUCGCUGCAUGAGGCCUAUAUUGUUUAAAUUCCAUGCUGUUAACAAUACAUUAGCAUGCCAUGUCUUCUUGCUUGAUGUGACAAUUCCUAUGUUUUUCUUUUUCUGAUUAACUGAUAAAGUGAUAUUCUUAUGGCGAAUGAUUCAGUUAAUGACCUGCCAA